CAGCUGAAGUGGGCGUGCCGGUGUUUCGCGCCAAUAAACAAGCUUGUGGGGACUGGUGGGGACAGAGGUUGGGUGGAGCCAGGGUGGAGCUUAAACGCAAACAACAAAGCACGAAACGAAACAAUAACAAAGAGGCAUGUCUACAAAUUGUCGGAGAAAACGCUCUUGCACAAGUUCUAUCAGCAUGUAACCCGAGGUGCAGCAAAACCUGCUGUGGAUUGCUCAAACACUCUGAGGACAAGAGAUGUUCAAGUUUUGUUUACGACUCUGGAUAAGGAAUUUGUCAAACCAUCGGCCAAAAGCAUCACAGCCACUAAAGCCUACGAACAAGCCAUGAAGCAGUUUCCGAACAUCGUGCAGUCAAAUCUCGUCGCCAAAGACGAGUUGGUGAAAAUGCUUUUCUAUGUUGGACUCCAGAAAACAUCGAGAGUGUCGCAGUCCAUUACAAAUGUUUUAUUAAACAAAUUGCAGAAGAACUUUGACUCAUUCAACCUAAACGACACCUGCAUCAUGGCAUCAGCGAUCUUCAAAUGCAGCCUGCCAAAAGCAAACGCCAAAGCCGUCAAUGUAAUAAUCAAAAUGAUGAAUGAAAAUUUAGAUUUUUUGCUGGACAACCCACAAGAGCUAAUAUGCUUAUUGAAAGUUUUGAGACAGCAGCAGUACCACGACUACGAUCUGUUACAGCGCUUGGUGGACAAACUAGAAAAGUGGCCCAAGGAGGACACUUUGAAACUUGCUCACAUUCUGUCUUAUUUUGCCGAAGCAAAAUUUGCCCACAACAAACUGAAUGACGUAAUAAUCUCCAGCAUAGAAAAUCUUAAUUUUGACACCAGAAUCAAAGACAUCGCAAGAAUCCUUUGGGUUGCUUCUGCUUUGAAUGUUGCAAUUCAUGGCAAAAUCGUCGAGUCGAUUUGGAAUGUUCUACAAUUAAAGAAAGAAGAGUGCUUGGCAUACCCCGACGUACUGGUCAACUGCCUCGUCUCCAUGGCUGUGCUGGAGUAUUACAACUUGGACUUAACAAAGCUGGUGCUUGAAAAAAAAUCGCUGGAGCAAUUAGAAAAUAUGCAAAAAAUAGCACCAUGGUUAAGAUUAAAUAAUCUCCUGGAACUGAUGAAAAUUGAGUGUGGCUCUGAGCUUGUGUACCCAGGACCUCCACUGCCAACUCAAAUGAUCAGCAAGUCUAUUGAAGCUAGGCCAGGGCUAAAGAGGAUAUUUUUUGCAACAAAGUGCUUAGCAUCGAAAUUAAAAAUUGAAGUUUCCUGUCAGUUCAACACACUGCCUGCAAUACACAAUGCUGGCAUUGAAGUUAUCAAAGAUAAUAAGAAUUUAAGCAUCGAGGUCUUGGACCCCCCUGUUUGUUUACACAAUUCUAGUCAACCUGCCAGCUACAUGAAGCUGAAACUUCGUCUUUCAAAGAAGUUAAAUAAGAAAGUUUUGCUUGUCGAUUCAGGAAAAUUGGCUUUGACUGACGAGGAACUAUUUUUGUGGUUAGAAGAUGAGCUUGUUCGUUUGCUGAAUAUUUAAUAAAAUGCCAGAAUUCACAAGAGAAAGUGGAAUUUUAAAUGU